CCGAGUCCAAGCUCGCUCAAGCAAGAAUUUCUUAAGAAAUGGGUGAUGGGUCUCCAAGUUUGUAAUAAUUCAGAGAAAGAGAUGAGCAUCAUGGAGAGAAAGAAAGCGAUAAAGCUAUCUGCAGAUGUGGCCAUGGCUUCAGCUAGAACUGCCAGCACAAGUUGGAGUCGUGCCCUAAUCGCCAAUGCUUCGAAAAACAAUGAAAGCAAUUUCAUUGUCGAUAACAUAUUGGGCAACGAUUCUCAGAAGAUAAAGAAAGCUUCAAUCCUAUCGCUUUCACACAACAAGAUAGUUCUGAGAAGCAAGAAAAUUUUGAAGAAGAGUCACAGAAUCAGAAGAGCAAAGAAAAUAGCACCUCAAGUGGUUUUGGCUAGUUCUAUUGCAAAGAGACUUGUGAAGAAGAGAACCCAAGUGCUGAAAAGGCUCGUCCCGGGCUGUGAAUCCAUGGAUGACUUCUCUUUGAUUGAAGAAACCCUAGAUUAUAUAGUCUCGCUCCGAGCUCAAGUCGAUGUAAUGCGUUGUCUUGCUUAUGCUACUGAGCAUUUGAAUAGCAAAUGAGGUCAUCAAUGGCUAAAAUUAAUACUUCUUUAGUUUAAUGGUCUUUUUUUUCUUUUUUUUUUCCCGGAACUUUUAAUUGCAAGACUAGAUGGAGAAAUGAUGUUGGCAUAUAUUUGAGGAAUGUAAAUAUGAACCAUUUCAACCAUAUCUAUGUCAAACUGUAGUUUUUGAUUCUAUCCCUUCAAUUUCUCUUUA